AUGUGUUGUUUCAGAAAUGCAGAUGCUACGCACAUAUUUCAUGCUUUUCACGAAGGUUCGCGGAAGGCCUAUAAACAUCUUGAGGCACUAAAAAAGAACGCCUGGGAUCCUUCAGAAGAUUUUGAGGAGGCGUUAAAAAUUCGAUUAGAUAAAGCUGAUGUGAACAUCGCUGCCUACGAUAUUUCUGUCGAAGAGGAGAAAAAAGUUGUCGAAAGUUUCGAGCGGUUACGUCGUCGCGUUUACGAGUGGGGUUUAAUGGACUCUCGACCAUGGUAUUAUGUCAUGAAGUCAUUAACUACUUCCAGUUUUAUGUUCAUCGCCUUCUACCUACAAUAUUGUGAAUGGUAUCUGACAUCCGCGAUUUGUCUAGCCGUUGCCUGGCAACAAUUCGGUUGGUUAACACACGAUUGUGCUCAUCAUCAACCGACAAGAAAUCGAAAAUUGAACAAUAUGCUUUCGAUUGUUUUUGGAAAUCUUGUACAAGGAUUUUCAUCUGAUUGGUGGAAGGACAAGCAUAACACUCAUCAUGCCGCAACGAAUAUAAUCGACCGUGAUCGUGAUAUCGACUUGUUCCCGUUACUUGCUUUAAUACCUAGCGAUAUUCUAAAAUACAAGCUACCAGCGGAGAGAUUCAUUCUAAAGUUUGUUCCUUACCAACAUCUUUACUUCACGCUCACUCUACCACUACUUCGAAUUUCAUGGACUACUCAGUCGUUACUUUGGGUGUUUGGUGAAAGCGUUUCAAGCGAGUAUCGCAUCUACAGAAAAAAUGCGCUCACUGAACAGUCGCUGCUUGUGGCUCAUUGGGUAUGGGUGCUAUUACAACUGUAUCUGCUCCCGUCGAUGAGCGUUCGUGUCAUGUACUUUGUCGUCUCGCAGUUCUUGUCCGCUUUUCUUAUUGCUCACGUCGUUACAUUCAAUCAUAACUCAGUUGACAAAUUUCCAGCAAAUUCUCGACUGCUUAACAAUUUUCCUUGUCUACAAAUCCUCACCACACGGAAUAUGACACCAGGACCCAUCACUGAUUGGCUUUGGGGUGGUUUAAAUUACCAGGUGAUAUGA